AUGUCGAUAGCUCCAAUCAUCACUUUCAAAGCAGGCAUCUGCGACUUUGAUGGUUCUUCCUCCCCCGCCACCGUGAAGCCUAAGCCGACUCCCGGCUACAUCUACCUCUACUCCGAAGAUGAGCUGAUGCACUUCUGCUGGCGCCCUCGCAGCGCUCCUCUCGAUGAGCCUAGUCUUGAUCUGGUCAUGAUUCCUUCAGAUGGAAGCUUCACUCCUUACAAACCGUCUGGCAAGGACGCUACAAAUGGGCGUGUAUUUGUGUUGAAGUUCUCCUCCAGCUCCCAGCGGUAUCUCUUCUGGCUGCAGUCCCAAUCCCAACAUGAGGAUGGUGACUCUAGCUGGUUCAGCCCCCGGGAUUUGAAGCUGGGUGAGAUUGUCGAUGUGCUGCUGCAGGGUGAGGACGUGGAUGUUGAGCAUGAGAUCGCCAACCUCCCCCGGCGGCCAUCUGGCGGUGACGAUGACGAGACCAUGGAGGAUGUGGAGGGAACAGACCACGACCCUAACCACAAUCACGGCAGAAGCAGUGGUGGAGCUGGCCCGGAUGCCACGGGGGGGGAUAUUCGCGAGGAAGGACAGGAAUCCCGGGAGGGCGGUGCCGAUGGUGGAAGAGCUGCUUCCUCCGGCGACCCAUCAUCGGUAGUUCAAGACUUCUUGCGAUCCCUGGGUGGUGCGCAACAAGGCCCCGGCCAAUCCCAGGACCCUGAACGACCAUCUACGACACUUCAAGACCUACUUACUCCUCCUACUACUCUCCCUUUCAUCGAGACUGCUGACGAUACUACCGUUGAUCACCUGCUGAGCUUCCUCCCACCGGCACUACUUCUGCUGGCCCAAGGCAAUGCCGAAGCUGCGGAAGCUGAUACCGAUCCCGAACUCGCCCAGGCGGCACUUCUCUCUCUUGAUCUCCCCCAAAAGAAAGAUAUUCUUCGCCGUGUCCUCCGAUCCCCCCAGUUCAUGCAAAGUUUAGCUAGUCUGACCGUGGCUCUCCGAGACGGCGGGCUUCCCAGCAUUAGCGAGGCCCUGCAGAUUCCAGUAGCCAAUGGCGGAUUUAUGCGGCGUGGCGGCGUACCCCUUGGUGGGGGUGACGCGGUUGAAGCGUUCCUGGACGGCGUUCGGCAACAUGUCAAGCAGAAGGAUCAAUCGGGUCAGAUGGAAACGGAUUGA